CAGCCGGGAGCCGGGAGCGGGAGCGGGGGCCGCGCUCCGGACGCCGUGCCUUGGGCGCCGUCCUGGUGGCGGGGAGCGCGCCGCAGAGAGGACAUGAGAUCGGAGAAAUCCCUUACUCUGGCGGCUCCGGGGGACGUCCGUGGGCCGGAGGGGGAGCAGCAGGAUGCGGGAGACUUCCCGGAGGCCGGCGGAGGCGGGGGCUGCUGCAGCAGCGAGCGGCUGGUCAUCAACAUCUCCGGGCUGCGCUUCGAGACGCAGCUGCGCACCCUGUCGCUGUUCCCCGACACGCUGCUCGGAGACCCGGGCCGCCGAGUCCGCUUCUUCGACCCCCUGCGGAACGAGUACUUCUUCGACCGCAACCGGCCCAGCUUCGACGCCAUCCUCUACUACUACCAGUCGGGGGGCCGCCUGCGCAGGCCGGUCAACGUGCCCCUGGACAUCUUCCUGGAGGAGAUCCGCUUCUACCAGCUGGGCGACGAGGCCUUGGCGGCCUUCCGGGAGGACGAGGGUUGCCUGCCCGAAGGUGGUGAGGACGAGAAGCCGCUGCCUUCCCAGCCCUUCCAGCGCCAGGUCUGGUUGCUCUUCGAGUACCCCGAGAGCUCGGGACCCGCCCGGGGCAUCGCCAUCGUCUCGGUGCUGGUCAUCCUCAUCUCCAUCGUCAUCUUUUGCCUGGAGACCCUGCCCCAGUUCCGUGCAGAUGGCCGAGGUGGAAGCAACGGGGGUGGAGUGGGCCGGGUCGCCCCAGUCUCCAGGGGCAGUCAGGAGCAGGAGGAGGAUGGAGACGACUCCUAUACAUUUCAUCCUGCCUUCAGCCCCGGGGGAAUGGGAGCGGGGGGCUCAGCCUCCCCCAGUACUCUUGGGGGCUCCUUCUUCACAGACCCCUUCUUUCUGGUGGAGACGCUGUGCAUCGUUUGGUUCACUUUUGAGCUCCUGGUGCGCUUCUCCGCCUGCCCCAGCAAGCCAGCUUUCUUCCGCAACAUCAUGAACAUCAUUGACCUGGUGGCCAUCUUCCCCUACUUCAUCACCCUGGGCACUGAGCUGGUGCAGCAACAGGAGCAGCAGACCGCAAGUGGAGGGGGUGGCCAGAAUGGGCAGCAGGCCAUGUCCCUGGCCAUCCUCAGAGUGAUCCGCCUGGUCCGGGUGUUCCGCAUCUUCAAGCUCUCCCGCCACUCCAAGGGGCUGCAGAUCCUGGGCAAGACCUUGCAGGCCUCCAUGCGGGAGCUGGGGCUGCUCAUCUUUUUCCUCUUCAUCGGAGUCAUCCUCUUCUCCAGCGCCGUCUACUUCGCAGAGGCUGACGACGAUGACUCACUCUUUCCCAGCAUUCCGGAUGCCUUCUGGUGGGCGGUGGUUACAAUGACCACAGUAGGUUAUGGGGACAUGUAUCCCAUGACCGUGGGGGGCAAGAUCGUGGGCUCGCUGUGUGCCAUCGCUGGGGUCCUCACCAUUGCCCUGCCCGUGCCCGUCAUCGUCUCCAACUUCAACUACUUCUACCACCGGGAGACGGAGCAGGAGGAGCAGGGCCAGUAUACUCACGUUACCUGUGGGCAGCCUACACCGGACCUGAAGGCGACCGACAAUGGACUUGGCAAGCCUGACUUCUCCGAGGCCACCCGGGAACGGAGACCCAGCUACCUUCCCACUCCCCACCGGGCCUAUGCAGAAAAGAGGAUGCUCACCGAGGUCUGACCUAUGCGGGCAGGGCCUGCAGGAGAAGGGGAGCACUGAGCAGACAAUCUUGGGCCUCCUUCUCCUUCUUACUCCUCUCACCCAGCUCCAGCUGACGUCUUGACUCCCUCCUCUACACCCACUACAUGGUAUCCAGGACCAAGUACCUAGACUGUCAACCUUGUUGCUCGACCCCUGCAGCAUUCAAGGUUUAUCCAUCUAAGGGACAUUUAUGAAAUUCCAACGGUGCCACCCAGUCAUUAACAUCAUCUCUCACAUGGAUGAGAAAUACAUGGCUGUUUGAUCUUCCCUUAAGAUUCUGAUUUUUCUUAUCUGGGACUUGCAAUAUCUCUAGGCACAGCAAUGUCAACAGGAUAGAAACCAGCCACACCUGGGUCCUGUCUUUCUCCUUAGUGUCCUUUGUUUUGGGGCAUGCACCUGCUGUAGCUUCUGGAUACUUGGUAACUGGCAGAAGCUGGAGGACAGAAACAGCACUCAACUUGCUGUUUUAUUCCAGUCCCCGUAAUACCUGCUGGUCAUCUUGCAGAGGACCCUUGGGAGAGCCUUUAGUUGCAUAGCCUCAAAAUGCUAUUUAUUUCUAAUCCUGGAUGGAAUUAGAGAAAAUACAAUUAAACUUGACCAUUUGGAGGACAAAAGGGUCAGUCCUGGACCAAAAGGGCCAAUGGAUUCUUCCAGGUGUGUUCCAGCAGAAGACACUGGACUGUGGUCUACAUUUAGUCCUCCCCACUCUGAUCCCUGACUCUUGUCUAGCUUCCAGGAGGGUCCCUUCUCAGAGCCAAAUACUCUUUUUAUGCAAGUGCCUUCCUGUGCAGAGGAAUUGGAAAAAGGUAAUCACAGAGCCAGGAGAAAUGGCUGAAUAGGAUCAAGCAACUGGCUUGAUCACAAAUCUGUAACAAGGUGCCACUUAAACAGAUAUUGUCAUCCUGGAGGGGCAGAGGGAUCUUGUUGCAGACAGCAGAGUUUUCUCCUCAUUCCCCUACACCGCCCAGCCCUCCACUCUUCUUCCUGGGAAUUUGAUUUGGGAUUGCAGUUGAAGGCUUUCUAAAGCAAACUCCGGCUUAAAUGCGCAGACAGGUAAAAGCACACAUUGGAUGCCAGCAUGGGUUCCUUCCCAUUUUAUGGGCAAUGGAAUAUGUGGCUUAGAGUAAGGAACAAGCGUUAUCUUUUGCUGACAGCCUCUAGAGGGUUUUUUUUUGCUGAGUCGGCCAAACAUUUGCCUGCUCUGCCCCUCGGAGCUGCGUCCGACCUGCUCUAGCUGGUAAGGUAACGUGGUGGGGUGCCCACCUGGACUAAGCCAUCUUCUUCUAUUAGGACACUACUGCCAUCCACCCCACCAGCCCGCUCCCCCUCAUUUGUCUCCCAGUAACAUUUCUGUUUGUUUCUUGCCUUUGAUAAACUGUGAUAUACUGUUCUGAGCUCUUCUGGGUGCAGUUCUGAAACUGGAAGGACUGUUAACAUGUUUUUAGUUUUAUAUCUACGCUUUAAGACUCUUUGAUGAGAAUUUUUUUUUUAAAUCAUCCUCUCGAAGAGCAACUUACGAGGGACAGCCUUUUGAGGGUUUGCUUGAGAGGUGGUGUGGCUCCUGUGGGUGCCAGAUCUAAAUCUGGAUUUUGCCACAGUUUUACAGGGUAACUUUGGCGCCACGGUCCCUCUUUGUGCCUCAGUUUCCUCACCCAUUAAAUGGGAACAUUAAUGUCUUCCCCUCCCUACCUCAUGGGGAAUGUCAGUGAACUCGUUUGGGAAGCUAGGGAUUAUGCUAUGCAAAUGUGUGAAUUUUAGUAACAGAUUUGAUUUUUAGUUCAUUCCUCUGUCUCCCCAUCUCCCAUAGGCAUAGGCCUUCCCCAUAUCUCCUGCCUUAGAUGCAAAUCCCAAUAAUAGGUUAUUAGGGGCCAUUAGUUUCCUAAAUCCCUUCUUGGCCUCUUGGACUGGGUCCUAGUCUUUCUUCUUACCCUUCAGAAAGGAGGAUGCUCUUUAGAUAGGUUUAGUGGGGUUCUUCCAGGGCCAGAGGUCACCUUGACUGGGAGCUUGGCUUCUCCAAACCUGAAAUAGAGUAGGAAACAGAGGUGUUCAUAUUCAAAAAUCUGCACUGAGGCCAGAAAGUGUUAGUUUUCCAAAUCUUUUCAGUUACUCCUGGUUAUUUGGGGAAAAAGAGAAGGCCCCACUCCAGAGGCAGAAGGGAUGCUGGCGGCCGAGGGUAGGUGUGGGGACGUGUACGCACGUCUCUCUCUCUAUGACUGUGUGACCAUCCUCAUCACCUUCCCGAGAAAGCAUUUCCUGUUUACAUCAGAGCACGCCUGAAAGUAAAGGGUUUGUGGUGAGCUGGGAUCUCCAGGGACUCUGGUUGCCGUAGCAACCUUCCAGACUGUUCUAUCUUCUGAUUUGGGUAUCAAGAGACAACAAGAGACUACAUAUUCCCAGCUUCUGAGAUGGGCACCCCUUCCACACAUUGGUUUGGGGGCUGCCGGUGCCAGGACAGGACGGGAAAAUGUGGAGGAAGCAGGUCCCCAGAACUUUCUCUCUGGACCUUUCUUCAUGGUUUCUCCACCCUGUCACUGAAGCUGCCUCAUCUUAACCUUGAUUCUUAAGAAAUCUGAGUGCUAAGCAACUGCCCAGUUAAACCAAUGGCAAC